CACACACACACACACACAAACACACUCAUGACAUCAGCUGUCAAAGUGCGUGAGUUCGUUGCGAUUCAGAUAUAUGGUCUUUAAUUCAAUAAUAAUAAUGAGUGUGAGGAUGAGCCGGAGCUGUGUUUAUAUCUCUAAAUCAUGAGAAUAAAGAGGAACAAAGUGACUGCGAAUAAAAUCCGCCCGAAACAAACGCAGAUGUACUGAUAGCGCAGGAUUCGGGGUGAUUUUACGGGAUUGAAACGAUGAGCUGGCUCGGCAGGAACGCAGUGAUCGGUCUCGGUGUCAGUGUGACGAUAAGCACUGGUCUGAUCGCAUUAUUGAUCAUUAAAGAAGCUCUCAGGAGGAGAAACCGACGCAUGCUGCACAACACGAGCUCCGCUUUACAGAGCGAAACGGCAGACUUCGCGGCGGUGAGCGGGUUGUCUUCUGAGCAGCAGGUGGAGCUGAGGAAGACUCUGGACGAGGUGAUGAAGAGUGUGUCCAGUCUGAGGAGUGAGAUCGCAGAUCUGCGGGAGGGUCUGAGGGACAUCAGCACCACCAUUGCUGAAGAUGUCAAGAAGACUGUGGAGGAGAAUCAGAGAUCACGGCGGCGACGGCGGCUCAUGCCGAGGGAACGCUCUGAAUCCAUGAGCUCCAGCUCCAUUUAUUUCAGCGCCAGCGCCGGGGUCGCCAGUCUGUGUGACGACAGCGAGGUCGGAUACUCCACGGCCUAUUCCAACGCCGAGUCCGACUACACAGACAGAGAGAUGGAUAAAGAUGGUGUGGACGACGGGAGAGACUCAGAUGAGGAGGAAGAGGAGAGCUGCGUCACGGUGCUCACGCUGAGACAGGACGAUUCACAGGCCGAGGAAGAGGACGAUGAAGAUGCCGGUCUGAUGGUGGGCUCUUUAACGGACAUUCCCAGCCCUGAACUCACCCUCCUGCUCACCCAGUGUGAUCUGCUGCAUGCAGGGGACUCUGGGAAAAAAGCAGAAGGGUUCCAGCUGCUGAUAGAGAACAUUCCACUGUAUGCUGAUAACGUGGAGUUUAUGUGGCGACUGGCUCGUGCCUACAGUGACAUGUGUGAGACGGCAGACAACAGAGAAGAGAAGAGAAACUACGCAGAACAAGGUUAUCAGGAGGCAGAGGUAGCGCUGACGAGGAAUGGACUGAGCGCUGAUUGUCACAAGUGGUUUGCCAUCCUCGCACACUUGUCUUCACAGAGCGAGAGCAUUGAUGGAAAACUGAGAAGCGCUCGCGUGCUGAAGGAGCAUUUGGAUCGAGCUUUGGCUCUAUGUGACGAUGAUCCCAUCUGUUUCUAUCUGCUCGGCCGCUGGUGCUUAGAGGGGAUCUCUCUGGGUCGGUUGGAGAGGAAAACUGACGCUACGAUUUCUGAAACUCCUCCCACAUCCUCGCUGAAUGAAGCUCUGGAGAACUUCCUGAAGGCGGAGGAGUUAAACCCAGGCUUCUCCAAAACAGUUCGCCUUUACAUCGCCAAGUGUCAUAAGGAGCUCGGAAACGAGUCAGAGGCCAGAAAUUGGGUCCAUUUAGCUCUGAGCACACCAGCAGGAGCAAAUGAGGAUUCUGAAAGCGCUGCUUUACAGGAGGAGCUGAAGGCUUUGAUUGACAGCAGAACUGAUCUAUAAGCAGCAUGAAUCAUUAGGGAGGGAUCUAAUGUAAACUAAUUUAAUCUUUUUACAUUUUACCUGAUAUGUGCACUUUUAUUUAUUCAGUGUUGUUUGCAAUGGAUGUGCAUUAUUAAAAUGUAUAUUAUCGUUUCAGUAAUCUGAACAAAAAUUCUAAAUAUUAUACAUUAAAAUUAACUUCACAUAUCUCCUUCAAAAAACACUGCACUUCAUUCCUAAAAAAAGAUGAUGGUCUUCGGUAACUCAGAGUCCUAACAAUCAUCACUUUUAUAUUUAUACAUGCUGUGAAAUUAAUCAAUUACAAAAUGCUUGAUUAUUAAGCAAAUACCUAAAAUAUAUGAAAAUAAACUUAAUUGCCUCAGUA